CUUGAAGUUCCAACUCUCAAGUUCACUGACUGAUCAGGUUUGCGCUGGCUGUGGAACAGUGUCAAAAAUAUGUAAAUCCAGCUGUCAACUGCACCAGCUCUAGCUGCCACCAUGGUAAUGAGAUCAUUUGCUUCUGUAGCAUCUGCAAGGAUGGUCUAAGCAUCAAGCCCAGUGGGCUGGGUUCUUGGGGAAGAUUUUGGCAGCCAUGGAGCGUUUGGCACACUUGCUAGAAGCCACAACAGGAGAUGGAGAAGCUGUGAAGAAAGCUACGACAGCUUUGGAGCAGGAGCAGAGACAGCCUGGCUUUGCCAGCCAGCUGCUGGCGCUGUGCGCGGUGGUCCCGCUGGCCGGCUACUCGCUGCCUGCAGCGACCUACCUGAAGAAUUAUGUGCGCACCACUCGCUUCACCGAGGACCGCGGCGUGGGCCUCCCAGCGGGCGAGCGCGCCACUGUGCGUGCCCAGUUGCUGGAGGUGGUCAUGCGAGCAGACGGCGCAGUGCUCAAGCAGCUGGCAGAGGCGCUGCGCGUACUGGUGAUGCACGACUUUCGCGACACGGGCGAGUGGCCGGAGCUGCUCCCUGCCCUGCGUGCCGCCAUCCAGCACAGCAACCUGAUGGCCGGCAGCGCCGUGUCACCCAUCAAGACGUACAACGCGCUCGUGGCAGUGCACACGAUUACCAAGCCCUUCCAAUACUUCCAGAAGCCGACGGAGGUGGCUGAGCCCGUCCCCCCGCAGCUGGAGGCCAUUGCGGCGCAGCUGCUGGAGCCCCUGCAGAGCAUCUACCAGGCACUCACGCAACAGGCGAUUGCCAGCCAUGAAGCAGGCCUUGCGGAGCACGAUGCGCUGCUGCACCUGCUGCUCAAGGCGUUCCACCACACAGUGCGCUCCCACUUGCCUGCCGCUUUGGUCCCCCAGCUGCCGGUGUGGCUGGCCGGGGUGCUGGCGCUGGCGACCCUCCCCGUGCUGGCGGUGCAAGACCCGCAGGAAGGGCACAUCACACGCUUCCGCCUCGUCAAGCGCACCCUCCAGAUCUGUGCCUCCAUGGUUGCCCGCCACCGGAAACACACCGACAAGUACCUGCAGCAGAUGGUCACGGCGGCGGUGGGCAUUGUCACGGCAGCAGUGGCGCAUCAGGGCCUGCACCCGCUCCAGGAGCGCAUCGUGUCGCUGGCCUUCGACCUGCUGGCCGCCAUCCUGGAGACAGGCCCGGGCUGGCGCCUGCUGUCGCCCCACUUCGAGGCGCUGCUAAGCCAGGCCAUCUUCCCCGCUCUGGCUCUCCAGGAACAGGACGUCACCGAGUGGCAGGAAGACCCCGCCGCCUACCUCAGCCGCAACCUGCCGGACGAUAUGGACGAUGUCAGCGGGUGGCGGGACGACUUGCUGAGCCCCCGGCGGAGCGCACAGAACCUGCUGGGCCUCAUCGCACUGGCCAAGGUGAGCUCGCCGUCGCGGCCGGCGCGCAAGGGCGGCAAGCGGCCGCUGCGCGAUGCCAAGGACGUGACAGCCGGCGAGCUGAUCGUGCUGCCCGCACUCGCGCAGCACGCCAUGCCCACCGGGACAAGCACCAGCGACGUCGCGCAGUACUACGGCGUGCUUCAAGCGUACGGAGCCCUCCAAAAUUUUUACAGCCGCUCCCAAAAGCCCGGCGCUGCCGUGGCCAUGCUGCGCUCGCGCGUAUUGCCGCUGUACGGGCAGCCCGCCCCGUCGCCGCUGCUGCUCGCCACCGCCAACUGGCUGCUCGGGGAGUACGCGGACCACCUCGCCAAGGCGGGAGAGGCGCCGGGCCUGGCGGGGGAUACUCUGCGCGGGCACGUCUUCGACACCCUCAUGAAGGCUCUCACCUGGCCCGAUACCGACGACCUCGACGCGGGGCCGGUCCGCCUGUCCGCGGCAGGCGCCCUUCGAGCAUUGCUCACGGCCGAGUUCGUCCCCCCCGAGUGGUUGCCGCUGCUGCAGGCCGCCGUUGCCGCGUCGCGCUCGCCCGACGACGACGAGACCGCGCGCGCCUUCCAGCUGCUGCAGACCGCCGCCGAGACCGGGGACGCCCAGGUGGCACGCCACUGCCCUGCGUUGCUGCCGGUGCUGAUGGCUGCGGUGGUGGCGCGGCUGCCGGAGGAGCGGGCGACCCCCUGGCCCGCGGUCGCGGAGGCGGGCGUCGCUGCCCUGACGCAGCUCGUGACGGCAUCCGACGAUGCCGCGACGGGCACUGACGAGGAGGACGACGAGGAGGAGGAGGAGCCGGCCGGGCCCCCGUAUGUACCGUCCCCUUCGGAGCAGGCCGCCGUGGCGGACUGCGUGGCUGCGUUUCUGGCCCGCGCGUGGCUGCCCCCGCCCGGGGCCGCAGAGGAAGCGGAGCCGCCCACCGACUCGUGCCUGCACGACCUCUCCGUCCUGCUGGCCAGCCUCCUCCAGCACACCAAUGAUAGCGGCGCAGUGGAGCGGCGGCGCGUGAGCGCGCUAGUGUCAGCGUGGGCGGGGCUGCUGUCGCAGUGGGACGCGUGGAGCAGCGAGGAGGACAGCGCCGCGCUCGCAGUCAUUGACCAGGCCGUCGAGAAACAGAAAGCUGCGCUGCUGCCCCACUUCAUCGUGGCCCCUCUCCCGGCGGCCCCCCUUCCCCCAGUGCCGCCCCUGUCCCCGCUGGAGGCCAUCGCCGGUUUCCUGGCGGACGCCAUCGAGAGCACGCGUGCGGAGGGCGUAUGGCGCGCGUGCCACCGCGUGCACGCCCUGCUGCACGCCACCGCGCUCGCCUUCGACAGCCACGAAGCAACCAAGGCGGUGGUGCACCGCGUGGCUGCUGCGUGCGGCGCGCGGUUGCUCGCGCUGUCCUCCCGGUCGGCCCCGCUGGCCAAGCCGCUGGUGCUGGCCCUGGCCACGUGCUUCCUGUGCAGCCCCGACGUGGCCACCCCCGCGCUCGCGGCCGCGCUGGGCGCGCAGGAGCAGGCGGGGCCGGGACUGGAGGCUCGCGCGGGCGUGGCGGAGUGGGCGGUGCGCCUCGCGGAAGUGGUGGCGCGAAACGAGCACGGUCUUACGGAUCCCACCGAGGCGCACCUCGCAGGUGCGGCUCUAAUAAAGGUGGCGGAAACUCUGGCUGCCGCGGGCGGCGGGCCCGCAGAGGCGGGAGUGGCGGCGGCCUCACUGGAGGGGGCCAUGCGCGCACUGCUGCGGGAGGCGGAGCUGCAAGAGGAGGACAGCGGAAUGGAGGAAGAGGACGAAGAAGAGAAUGAGGAAGAGGACGACGACGAGGAAGAGGACGAGGAAGGGGACGACGGGGAGGAGGACAACGAGAGCGAGCAGGACGAGACGGAGGCCCACUUUUUGGCGCGGUAUGCGGCCGCGGCACGCGAGUUGGAGGAGGGCGAGGACGACGCGGAGGGGGGCGACGAGGAGGACGGCCAGCCGCUGGAGCUGGGUGUCCUUGGGCUCACCAGUCUGGAGACGACCCUCUUGAAGUGUUUGCAAGCCCACGGGAAGAUGAUCCUUGCCUCAGCCUCGAUCCAGGACCGACAACUCUUAGAAGCCUUUUCAAAAGCUGUCCCGAGAGCGGCCAGCUACUUGAGACAAUGCUGACACGUUAUUCUCAUACUUCGUUUUCAGACAUUUACCUUGACCUCCUCCGUCUUGACGUGUCUUCAAAAUGAGCGAC